GAAGUCAAUUCGCGGGGAGGAAUGGCAUGAAGAAAUCUACGAGCCAGUAGCGAAGGAAGUCCCUUACACCCAGCCAGCCUCCGGCUUCGUGAGCGAUACUAUCUUCCAGCCGGCAGCGCACGUGAGAAGCAUCAUCGGCCGUCGACAACGUCAGACUCAUCGACGGGAUUGGAGUCGUCGGGGGUAGGGUGGGCGGAGGAGAAGCCUGUUCAGCUGAGUAAGUUCCCGCCACACUCAAGCAUGAAUACCCAUAGGUAAACCUAUGAUAUGUAUGCCAUGCGCAUGAGGAUGGCCCGGAUGAAUUCUGUUGGCUGCGCGAUGCACAUUCUGUUGGCUGUUGGCUGCGGUUGGUGGUGGCAGAGUUCCCAGCUAUCAGGGAGUGGAGUCCCGCGAACCAAGCAGACGGGAUCGGGAUUUGCCGUUUUUACCACAGGUAAACUGUACGAGUAUCCGUAUGCAGCCGACUAUUUAUGUUGGUCGCAGAGCAGCAUCACCAACUAAGGUAUCUAGGUGUAACAGGAUAGCCAGGAGAGAGGACAUGUAUGUACUGUACAGUACACUAUUACGAGGGAGAUAAGAAGAUAUUUGACGAUGAUAAUUGCACUCACACCAUCUCGCAAUCACGUUACUGAGAAAGAGCGAGGCGAGGAGGGCUCCCGGGAAGGGAAGGCAGAUCCUGCUAGCCGGGGCGUCGUUCGUCCCACCAAUUGGGCCUCGAAGGAUCCCUGCUAAGUCGGCCACCCCUGUCAUAGCAGGCUUGGCGGGUCUGCGGGGCAGUUGACAAGAUCAGGGUUUACCGA